UGGGGUGUGCUUCACGAAAGCAGAUAGAGCACGGUACGCAAAAACGUGAUAACCGGUUGUCAUGACGUUCGCGUGAGCCUCGUGCUUUGCGAAUCGCCGCCCGAAAAACAUGCCGAGUGAUAUCUGGUGCUCGAAUUCGCGAUGUACCGUCGGUGGUACGGUGAUGAUGGUGCGGUGCAAAUUGGUGCUGGUUUUGGUGCUACUCGCGAUCCUGCCUGACGUGUACACCGAAAGUCACGGACCGUCUCCAGAUUUCAGCAGACACACGCUAGUCAGACCGCGGGUCUAUCACGGCAGAAGCAAACGGCAGAUCUCGUCGACCAAAGAAAACGAUAUCGAGCACGCGGACGUGCUGACUGUGGGCUUCGAGUUGGACGGGGUGAAACGAGUGUUGGACCUUAGGUUGAACACCGAUCUGAUUCCUACUGGCUAUCAGCAGCGUCAUCAGCAUCUUGGCACGUAUAAAGUGCACACCCCGUCGAAAGUCGAACUCUGCCACUACCAGGGCAGCAUUCGAGACGUUCCCGGCUCCUGGGUAGCGUUGUCCACUUGUAGAGGACUUCGCGGCGUGGUGUUCGACGGUGAGAAUCUUCACCACAUUCAUCCAGAAGGAGAAUCCUUGGACUCGGAUCAUUACGUCUACAGACAGAGCGAUCUAGUCGCCAAUCACACUUGCGGUUACGAAGGAACGGCGCACCAUGUUCUCGACCGUGAGCACAGCGGAAUUGUCAACAGAGCCACGAGGCAUAAAAGGGCGACAGAGGUGAUCAGAGGUCCUUACAACGCGAACAGGCAUUCGCGGUACGUUGAAUUGGUCCUCGUGAUCGACAAGAAGGAGUACGUAGCUCUGGACGAGAAUCUGGACAAGGUCUACCAGCACUGCAAGGAUAUCGCCAAUAUCAUCAACGCACUGUACAUGCCGUUGAAUAUAUUCAUAGCGUUAGUCGGGGUGCAAGUUUGGUCCGACACGGACGAAAUAACGCUGUCUCCUAACGGAGAUACAACCCUCUCGAAUUUCCUGCGAUACAGAAGGGAGAAGUUGGUCCAGGACAUGCCGAACGAUAACGCCCAGCUGUUGACACGAAUCACCUUCGAAGGAGGCGUCGUUGGGAAGGCGCUUAAGGGACCAAUAUGUACAUACGAGUUCUCCGGCGGCGUCUCGAUGGAUCACUCGAACGUCGUUGGAUUAGUGGCUGCCACUGUGGCUCACGAAAUGGGUCACAAUUUCGGGAUGGAACACGACUCGGCUGAUUGCCUGUGUCCCGAGGAAAAAUGCAUCAUGGCGUCGUCGAGCGGCUCGUCGGGACCGACCCAAUGGUCCACCUGUUCCCUGGAGCAUCUCGCUCUGGCCUUCGAACACGGCAUGGACUAUUGUUUGAGGAACAAACCGCAGAAGCUGUUCGACAGCCCGAUCUGCGGUAACGGGUUCGUGGAAUCUGGCGAACAGUGCGAUUGCGGCUUGAAGGAGAACUGCGACAAUCCCUGCUGCAACGUCACCACCUGCAUGUUACACAGCAACGCGAGCUGCGCCACCGGGGAGUGCUGCGAUUUGAAGACUUGCAGGCCGAAGGCAGCGGGAACGGAGUGCAGAAGUGCCGAGCACGAGUGCGAUCUACCCGAGUAUUGCACCGGUCAGAGCGAAUACUGUCCGGUCGACGUGUUCAAGAUGGACGGAGAAUCGUGCAACAUGGGUAAAGCGUUCUGCUACCACGGCUCUUGUAGAACUCACAACGAUCAGUGCAAGUUACUUUGGGGUGCCACGGGUACAUCCUCGGACGCACAGUGCUACGAGAUGAACAACAGGGGCACGAAACACGGGAACUGCGGCUACAAUCGGGUCGAUUCUAGCUAUUUCAAAUGCACCGACGAGAACCUCCUGUGCGGGAUGCUACACUGCAAACACCUCAACGAACGACUAGAAUUCGGCAUGGAAUCUGUGGCUAUUCUGAGUCACUCGUUCAUCAACAACGGAGGAAAAAUUAUACCGUGUCGUUCGGCGAUCGUGGACUUGGGAUUGAACCAGGUGGAUCCUGGCCUCAGUCCUGACGGUGCAAAAUGCGCACCCGGAAAGAUGUGCGUGAAUCAGAAGUGUAUGCCGGUUGCCGAUCUGCGUGCUUCCGUAUCCGGAGGGAAGGCAUGCCCGAACAACUGCGGGGGCAACGGAGUGUGCAAUAGUCUGGGCCAUUGUCAUUGCAAUCACGGCUUCCGGCCACCUGAUUGCACCCAACCUGGCGUGGGUGGUUCCGAGGACAGCGGUCCCGCCGAAGAUCCGAACGCGAGGAACGACUUCAUAAUGGCCCUGUACAUUGUCUUUCUGGGCAUCGUACCAAUGGUCGCCCUAUCCCUGUUCGGCGUUUGGUACGUGAGAAACCCUGGCCAGUACUGGAAGAAGGGCAUGAUAUCAACGAGCGAUCGCGGCCACAACAGACUGUCCAUCAAAACGAUCGAUCGUUCCAGUCCCUUGCCUCGUAACAUCGAAACGAUCGAUUCUAGUCUCAGUCAGGAUCCAGCGUGCGCGAGUUUGUUGCCGAAACCGGAUACCGACGAGCGUUACAACAAUAACUUGUUCGGCCAGUUCAAAGGUUUCACGAUCACCCCGAUUAAGAAUCAACCCAAGAGCCCUGAGCCGAUAAAACCAGCACCUCCUCCACCCACCAUCCCGACUGUAGCUAUUAAGACGAACAUCAAGACGCUCCCGAAGAGCAAUCCGUCUCGCAGCUCGUUGCUCAACAAUACGUCCAGCUUCAACGAGGCUCUGAUUUCCGCCGCUCCGACUCUGCCACCGUUGAAUCCAGGAUGUACGGCACGUCCUCUGAUCAGCAGUCCCGUACUGGCAGCUACUACGUGCACCUCCGUCGAGCUGGUAGCUGCUAAAGUGUCCGGCAAGUCAAUGGUGGACGGUCCAACGAGACCGGCACCGGCUCCGCCAAAUUCUUUGGACACUCAGAAGCCUCAGAGGCCGAACAGCACGCCUCUGAUCAACGUACUGGUGGCAGAGCACGAGAAGAAGUCGGAGAAGGGCAGCACUUUGAACAGAAUCGCCUCGAUACUCAGACCGAAUUCGGGAAUCGUGAAGGGAGCUCUGCAGAUAUCGCACAAGGACGAGAAGACCAACUCUCUGCCUAGAACGCAUCAUCACAAGGCGAACAAGGUGAUAGACAAGGAGAUCUUGAGAAAUCUAGAGAUCUCGAAUCCUAUUCCGCAGAAAGAAAUCGAGAUCCCAACGCCAGCGAUACCGGUCAUGAUCUCUGCAGCGGACGUCGACAAGAAGAACGUGGUGUUGCGUGCGCAGAGUAUGAGGGACAGCAAGAUUACACCGAGACCAGCCAUACAGACCUUCGGUUCUAUGCGGCAGUCCACGCCUGUUAAGAGACCUACGAGCAUCCCAGCGAGCACCAGACCCACGGCGCCUCCUCCUGGACCUCCUACAGCAUCGACAACGGCAGACAAGAUCAACGAAACUGGGAAGAUCCCUGGUCUGCCCGGAUACCAGAAUCCCCAAGUGAAAAGUGUGCAGAAAGUUGUAGACAACGCUUACGACGAUUGCAUGAAUCUCGUCGCCGAAUCGUCCUUGACGAAAAUAACAGAGGAAUCACCCACCAGCGAUAAUAUUUACGCGGUGAUAGAAGAAGCUCUUCCGGAGAAGGGUAGAAAGAACGUGGAGGUAGAGAAACAGGUUGACAACGAAUACAAGUUACCAAAACGAGUCGAGACCACGCAGGCCAAUGCUGGAGGCCUGGAGUCGAUGGGUCUGUUGUCGGAAAUCGUGUCGGAGAUAUCGAAUAGAAACUUCGAUUCCAUAUAUUCGACCGCGACAUUAUCGAGAAAGGCCCAAGAGAACGAGGAGGCGUCGAAGAACGCCGAGAACUUGGGCUCGAACAGUUCACUUGGCGCCUACAUCAACUCGAAUCACUACAAAUCACCAGGUAGCAUUUAUUCCAAUUCCGUGUCUGGAAAAUUUAAUUCGUCCAGCUCGACGACCAGCUCCGGUUACCUAAAUCCUUCCGCGUUGAACGUGCCGCGGCAGCAGGAACCGGUGAAGGUGGCCGACGCGAAACCCAUCGGCAAAAUUAAAGUGCUGUCCCUCGGUUCGAAGAAUCCCAACAUAAACGACGAGAUAUCCAAGGAGCUGGGCAUGAAACCCACGGAAGACGCAGCUUCGCGUAAACCACUUGCAACGGUGAAGACGAAACCGAUUCAACGAGGUGUAGCCACCUCGAAAACCGAGGAACAAACGGUAGAGAGUAAGGAGCCUGCUCCUGUCAAACUGCCUCUUGGAAGAACGAAAACACCACCGAACGUAGGGAAGAGUGCGAAGGAAACGAACGACGCGAGAGCUGCCACCAGGCAAGCUCUGGACAACGCGUUAAGGUCUAAACAGUAUUCUGACAGUAGCUUAAAGGGUUCCAAGGGGCCGAACACGGAUGCAGAUACGAAUGGCGGUAGCCUAGACAAGCAGGAUUCUCACGAGAGAUUAUCCCUGAAAACUGUGCCUUGUAGUCCUAAGGAUAACGGGGGAAAGUUCAACAGUCCCGAUCUAGUGUCGAGCUGUUCCAAUUCUAAUCAAAUCAGUACAAAAUCGCCGGACGUUGUUGGUAAUAACAAUCCAAAGUGUAGCUUUCAGCCGAAGAGCGUACAGAAGACGACCACGUUGACGCGAGGAGGAAACACCGGGAAAGCUGUAUCCGCCACCGCCGCGUUCAAGCCGUUGAGCAUCGCGUCCAAGGGAGCGUCCAGCCUCGCGGACCAGAAGAAGAAGUCUCCGACUGGCGGUAACGCGGCGAAAUCCUUGUCGACGUCGACGAAGGAUGCGGCAGCAUCGAAAGGCGGCGCGCAAACGAAGCCUGGACAGAAAACGGAGACGAAGAGCAGCGGCGGCGAUACGAAGACUAAUCCAGUGCAAAGAGCGGCGAGUAGUAAAUCUAACGUGGCCUCCCUUCAGCAGAAAUUCGAGGCGAACAAGAAUGUGAACGCGUCGAGAACGAUACCGAGCGUCCAUAAAAAGCCGGUCGGUGGUAAAACGACUGAAACGACCGCAGGUGUUAAGAAAUAAACGAUAAAGCUGGAACUAGACGAGGGGAGAGAAUAGGAUCUACUUUGAAAUAUUCUAGUCUAUCGGUCAUUCGAAUGAACAAGCGCGUGUGAGAGAAUGAGAGAGAGAGAGAAAGAGAGAGAUGUUUCUACGAUUUUAUUUUAUUUAAAGACCAGCUGAAAGAAAGUGGAGUCAUAAUAGUACAAUGAUUAACUUGUUCGUUCGGGGAACAAAUCA